UUUAAAUAGUUCAAGAUCGUCAGCAAUGCCUCCUGCACCACCAACUGCUUAGCGCCCCUGGCCAAGGUCAUCCAUGACAAUUUUGGUAUCGUGGAAGGACUCAUGACCACUGUCCAUGCCAUCACUGCCACCCAGAAGACCGUGGAUGGACCCUCCGGGAAACUGUGGCGUGAUGGCACUGGGGCUCUCCAGAACAUCAUCCCUGCCUCUAUUAGUGCUGCCAAGGCCAUGGGCAAGGUCAUCCCUGAGCUGAACGGGAAGCUCACUGGCAUGGCCUUCCGUGUCCCCACUGCCAAUGUGUCAGUGGUGGACCUGACCUGCUGUAUGGAAAAACCUUCCAAAUAUGAUGACAUCAAGAAGGUGGUGAAGCAGGCAACGGAGGGCCCCCUCAAGGGCAUCCUGGGAUACACUGAGCACCAGGUAGUGUCCUCUGACUUCCACAGUGACACCCAUUCUUCCACCUUCGAUGCUGGGGCUGGCAUUGCCCUCAACAACCACUUCGUCAAGCUCAUGUCCUGGUAUGACAAUGAAUUUGGCUACAGCAACAGGGUGGUGGACCUCAUGUCCCACAUGGCCUCCAAGGAGUAAGACCCCUGGACCACCAGCCACAGCGAGAGCACGAGUGGAAGAGAGGCCCUCACUGCUGGGGAGUCCCUGCCACAGAGUCCCCCAUCACAGUGAAUUGCCCCUCCUCACAGUUUCCAUGCAGACCCUUGAACAGGGAGGGGCCUAGGGAGCCCCACCUUGUCAUGUACCAUCAAUAAAGUCCCCUGUGCUCAGCCAAAA